CUUUUCUGCCAAUCAACAGAAGACAAGAGGUCGUCCUGUGUAUGUCAUUUCUCGAGAACAGCUGGAAUUCUUCAUUGAAGCUGGCUUUACAAGACGACAAAUGGCAGAUCUUCUGCAUGUGUCUGACUCAUCAGUCAAGCGAAGGCUUAGAACCUUUGGUCUAAAGCUGAGGCAGACAUUCUCGGUGCUGUCAAAUGAUGCAUUAGAUGAUCUUGUACGAGAAGUGACCCAAGGGAACCCAUCCCUUGGUCAGAGAAUGGUUCAAGGCCUGCUGCAGAGCCGAGGACAUAAAGUUCAGAGGCAGAGAGUUGCUGACAGCCUCAUACGAGUUGAUGCCGCAGCAGUGGCUUUGAGAUGGUGUCAUUCCAUAAGACGACCGGUCUACAAGGUUGCAGCACCAAAUUCAUUGUGGCAUAUUGAUGGAAACCACAAGUUAAUCAGAGUGAGAUCGGAUAAAGGUCGGAAAAACACAGGAGUUGGAGCCUUCAUGAUCUCCUAUCAAGGCCCUGGUCGUGGAUCCUUCAUUACUGGGAAGAGCGUCCACAACCAGACGAUCAAGCGGCUCUGGAGGGACAUGUAUUCUGCAUGUACCAAUGUGUUCCACCAGCUCUUCCAACAACUAGAGGAGACGAGUCGCUUGGACCUGAGCUCAGAAGUACACAUGUGGUGCUUACACCUCGUGUAUGUUCCACUCAUUCAGCGGGCCUUAGACCGCUUCCGUGAUAGAUGGAACUGCCACAGACUGAGUGAGGAGAGGGGCAGAACACCCACCCAGCUUUAUCUGCAGGGCAUGAUAGAGCAUGCAGGACGUGGUCAUCGAGGGGUUGAUGACAUGUUCUUUGAACCUCAAGAGGAACAAUUGAGUGUCUCAGAGGAGGACUAUGGAGAAGAUGAGGAAGCUCCUGUAGCCUCAGCAAAUGACGAUAAGCUACAGGUGUCCUCUGUUACAAUGCCCAUUGACCAUGAACAAAUGGCAGAACUAACUAAUAUAAUUAGACCCUUGUAUUCAGAGGAUGGUUUGGCUGUUGACUUGUUUGAACAGGCUGUGUCCUUUUGUUCCCAGGCAUUAAACAUAUAAUGACGUAUACUGAACAGUUCUAAGUGGUCAUUGGGUGUUGUAACAGAGGACACCUCUGGCUCAUCGUCGUUUUCUAA